AUGGAUCGUUGGAGUAACAUGCAAGUACAUGGGUACGGGCAAAUCAUAGACCCACCGCCAGAUCUACCAUUGCAUCCGCUGGCAGCCUUCCCUCAAUCUAGAGAGCUACACCGUAAAAAACUGGUAAACAAGCUGAAGGGAUGGUUUUCUGGUCAGCGCAACGACGAGUUGAGCUUUUUCCCUGAGCAUUAUCCCCAUGGGUGGCAUGGUUUGAAAGGCGACAAUGCGGACAGACAUGCAGAAGUCAGCUCCGAGGAGGGGAGUGAUUAUACUGAGCCUUCUACAUCUUCCGCUCAGUCACAGCAUGAUAAUCCAUAUCCCGCUCAUGAUAGUGCCAAGACAUUUCUUACCGGCAACAACAUUAAUGCGAAUAACAUACCGCAGUUCCCGACAAAAGAGGGCGAGAAGCAGUUGACGAGAAAAGGCUCCAUGCCUGAACUUAGACCCCAAUUAAGUCUUGCAACAACUUUGAAAAGACGACCCAUGUCCCUAGUGGUAAGCGAGCCACCAAAAUUAAGCAGCUUCACUGGUGCAGCAUUACAGUCAGGUAAUAUCACUGUUCGUAAAAUUAUCAAGAGGUUGAAUUCUAUCGGAAACAAGAAGCAGGAAUGUUCAAAACUUAUUCACAAGUUUCUAAAAGACUUAGCAAUUUGGGGGCAGAAGACAUCGGUAGAGAACAUAGAGUCACAAGCAUUGGUAGAGGAGCUGGAAGAGCUUUUCCAACAAGAUAUGCUACUAGAGCAGAAAAUAGCUGAGAAAAUCAAGGUUCUAACAAGAGAGCUUGAGUUCGUUGGAAGAAGAGAGAGACAGUUGUCAGACGAAAAGAAGACUCUGCUGGCCGCACUCAAGAAAUAUGAGAACUCUAAGGAAAUUAAAGGCGAAUUCGACGAAGAAACAAAUUUAUUUAAGGAGCGGGUCAUGGCCCACCAAAAAUCCUUCGAGACUUACCACUCAAAUUACCAGUAUGCCGUGUCUGUAGGUGCAAGACAACUUUUUAAAGAGGUUGCCAUAGAGUACUAUGAAAGAGCCUCGGAUUUGAAAGAACAUAGCGGUAAUUAUCUGCAGACUGCACUCAAGACCUUGGAAACCACACACCAAAAUGAAAUUUUCCUCAAAGAUUUGGAGAGAUUGAGGAUGUUGAGGGCUGAGAGGAACUGGGUUAAAUUAAAACCAGAGCAAAAAAGUGAUCCUCAAAGUUGGAUAAAUUUGGUCAGUGGCAAGCAGGAUUUUGAUGACACUCUGAUGAAAAAGGUUUACGAAGGUUUGCCUGUCGCUUAUACACCGAUGCCAAAGGCCUCACCCAAGAAAGCACCACAGUUGGAUUUUAAAACGGGUUUGGAGGAAAGCUUCUCGGAUAUCCAAAGCGAUAGAUUCAAUCCCAUAACGAGUAAUGAGUUUUUCUCUGGCAAGUUAACAGUCAAAAAUAAUGGAGCUGAAAACGAAUCACUUUACGAGACUGUCAAGGUUGAUAGAGCCGAAGAGAAUAAUGAAGACACCGUACCAAGAAGUUUGAACCCUAAUGUCCUAAAUCGAGCUAGUAAUAUAAAUGUUACUGCGGGACCAACACUCAAACGUAACUCUAGACAUAGCACUUUGGGGAACUUGGAGGCUGCAGAUAAAGAGCCAAAAAAAAAUGAAGUGGAGAGGCCCGAUGAUGGUUUCAUUUUGAACUUUGGGCAGUUCUCGAGACAGUUUCUCGAUGCUGAGCGGCAUCUGGAGGAGAAUCGAUGGACCGAGGCAUCUGGAUAG